CGGCUGGUUGUCACUGGGCUCCGAGGAGCAGAGGCAGCGGCGGGGAGCAGGAGGAGCUGGUGUCCCGCACAGUCAUAGCUGGCGCGCUGGUGCGGAAAGCAGUGGACUAUGUCCAGAGCAAGGAUUUCCGGGACUACCUCAUGAGUACGCACUUCUGGGGCCCAGUAGCUAACUGGGGUCUGCCGGUUGCUGCCAUCAAUGACAUGAACAAAUUUCCAGAGAUUAUCAGUGGGCGGAUGACAUUUGCCCUCUGUUGCUAUUCUUUGAUAUUUAUGAGAUUUGCCUACAAGGUGCAGCCUCGAAACUGGCUUCUGUUUGCAUGCCACGCAACAAAUGAAGUAGCCCAGGUCAUCCAGGGAGGAUGGCUUAUCAAAUAUGAGAUGACUAAAAAGGCAUCUGCCUAACAAGGGAAAUGAAGAGCCCGCUUUUAAAGGGACAGCAUCACCAGCCACUGCUGCUGAGUCACAGAUUCCAUCAUCAUAGUCUUGCUAGGGAAAAUAAGCUGAAUGCUAUUUUUACUAACCAUACUAUUUUUAUAGAGAUAGCCGAGGGUGUAAACUAACUCUCUGCUGCCUUACUGAAUAUUUUACUUCUCUUCAUAAAGAGUAGCUCAAAAUACGCAAUUAAUUUAGUAAAUUCUGAUGAUGGUUUUAUCUGCAGGGAUAUGUAUAUUAUCUAUUAAAAUGUACUCAGUGAAAAACUGAAGAGAACAAAAUUUGUAA